AUGGUGAAAUUGUGCGAGAACUUGAUGAAGAUAUUGUCGAGAAACUUGGGAUUACAAGAAGAUAGACUUCAAAAUGCGUUUGGUGGUAAAGAGGAAGCAGGAGGAUGCUUGAGGGUUAAUUACUAUCCAAUAUGUCCUCAGCCGGAGCUGACUCUCGGCCUCUCUCCGCACUCUGAUCCCGGAGGAUUGACGAUUCUCUUGCCGGACGAAUAUGUCACCGGUCUUCAGGUCCGUGGAUCCGACGAUGCUUGGAUCUCAGUCCAACCAGCUCCUCAUGCUCUCAUCGUUAACAUUGGUGACCAAAUUCAAAGUGGAGCACAUGCGCCUGUCAAAUUACUGACGUCACAACAGGUUGAGGCGGUUGCAUAA